AUGAGCAUUUCAAUCAUUGACUUUGGCUCAUUUGCCUUGAGUAAAGCUCAACCCUCAGACAAUGAAAUGAAACGAUUAUCCACAGAGUUCAUGAGGGAAUUAAAUGAAAAUGGAUUUGUUUACCUCAAAAACACUGGGAUAAAAGAAGAGCAAGUGUUUAGAACAAUGGACAUCUGCACAAAGUUCUUUCUACUUCCUAAGGAGAUUAAGCAAAAAUAUGCCCAUUCAAAAGACACUGAAGUGCCACAUCAUGGCUGGUAUGAUUUUGAGACUGAGAGUUUAAAUUCAGAAAAUCUCAAUGACCUGAAAGAAGCCUUUAAUUUAUCAGCUUUGACUUCAGAUGAUAGAUGGCCUAUCAAAGAGGUCCCUGAGUUUUCAGAUUGUUUGGGGUCAUUCUUCAGAACCUGUGAGGAACUAUCCAUCCGAAUUUUGAAAGUUCUGACACUGAGCCUGGAUGUGGAGGCUGAUUUCUUUGUCAGCAGGCACCAAGAGAUGGGCAAUAAAGCAAAUCCAACAACCUUGAGAACUUUAUACUACCCACCAAUACAGAAAUACUGUCUGAAGGAAAAACAGACAAGGUGUGGAGAACAUUCUGAUUAUGGAACAUUCACUCUACUUUUCCAAGAUAAAAAUGGAGGAUUGGAGGUAAUUUCCAGAUCUGGCCAAUACAUCACUGCUCCCUACAUUCCAAAUACAGUUCUGUUCAAUGUAGCCAACAUGCUGCAGAGGUGGACAUCUGACAGGUGGAUUUCCACAAAACAUCGAGUACCAAUUCCACAGACUGAAGACGCAAUGAACAGGACCAGACAGUCCCUGGCUUUCUUUGUUCUUCCAGCUAAUGAUACAACAGUUGCAUGUUGUGAUGGCCUGGACAAGUAUCCACCCAUCAUUUCUGCCCAGUACCUGAAGGAUAGACACAGUGAUAUGUUUUACUAG